AUGCCUCGUAUUGACGUGCUACCGACGGCCUCGACCAGUGUUGCAAAAGCUGGCUAUGCCUUGGUUCCGGACACGCGCGGACAGGCACCGCUCGCCGCCCAACCAGUCUCAGGCAGGAAGCGCACCGCCAGAGCCUCAGGGCUUGGAGGUGGUGAUACCACUGCAAGACAGCAGAGUGCAGCCCUCAAGCAUCUCGCCGAAUUGGACAAAGAUGGCCAUAAGGACGUCCAGAUUCCCGUACCAAAGGACGUCACAGCGCGAGGUGCGAAUCUGAAAAUGACAACCAAUGUGCGACGUAUCCUGACAUCCCAGAAGACUUUCGCGAAUCAUCUGGCUGAUGAAGAGGCAACCAUUUCCCAACAUGCACAGAACACGUUAUCCUCUGCAGCUUCCGCCCCCCGUCGUACCUCUACCACAGCCAAAGCAGAAAUGUCUGCAUCAGCUCAAGCGUCACCUCCCAGAGACCCUCUCGCCAAUGAGCCACUACUGAAAUCAUACGUGCCCGAAGCCCCGUCUGCUGAAGAGAUGGAAGCACUCGUGAACGCCCCUCCGUUAUCCCACGGUGCUGCUUGCGCUGUUCUACCAGACCACUCCAAGCCCCAGAGACAUUUUUGUGAAAUAUGCGGAUAUUGGGGCACGAUUAAAUGCAUAAGGUGUGGCGCUCGAGUCUGCGGGCUUGAAUGUAAAGGUGCUCAUGACGACGGGAGAUGCCUGAAAUUCUAUGCUUGA